UCCCAUUCAGUGACACGAAAAUGAAGUCGAUGCGAAGUUUCCAAUACAUUUUCCUUGUAACCAAUUUUCUGUUGCGGGUGGGCAUUACAAUGGCCACGAAGGAAUACUCAUCUUAUCGGAGAUAUCCAGUGUGCAAGCCGAUUGCGUCCAUUAGAUAUCCCAAAAAUACGGACGACGUUGUAGGCAUAGUUAAGGAAGCAAUCAGCAAAGGCCUUAAGGUAAAAGCAUUUGGUAGUCGACAUUCCCAAACGGAUAUUAUCUGUACGGAGGGAAUACCAGUUGAUAUGACUGGACUUCGUGCAGCAAGAAUGAAUGAUGACGAUACAGCUACGUUCGGCGCAGGAUUGAAUGUACAUGAAAUCACUUCUUUUCUGCGUUUGUACGAUCGUGGUCUGGAAAAUCUUCCCUGUUUCGGAAACAUUACGAUAGGCGGUGCAAUUGGAACUGGCGCUCACGGCUCUACUAUAAAGUACCGUGAUUCUUUAUCGGCUCAGGUGGCAGGUGUAAAAAUUGUUGAUGGAAUGGGAGAGAUCAAAACCAUUACUGAUCCAACGGAAUUGAAAGCCUUUCGAAUUCACCUUGGUCUUCUUGGAAUUGUAGUGGAAGUUACUUUGAAUACGGUGGAAUUGUAUAAAACACUUGCUCACAACUAUGUCGUACCUGACGACAUACUGACAAACGGUGUUGCGGCGGAUAUGGCAAGAAAUGCGGAUCAAGUAUCACUUUACUGGUUCCCUGAAUUCAACGAAGUUGUAGUAGCGAAUUGGACGGUUAUUGAUAAAGAAACACCAGGAACUGACAAAACGAAUUAUUUUGCGCCCUCCGCGUACAGCAAUCUUGCACUAGUAGCAUCUUUAGCGAAAGAAAUAGCCUUCAGUCUUAUGGAGAGUAACUGUGCCGUAGCUAACACAUUGGGCUAUACUCUUCUACAUGUAUUCGAAUAUGUUAUGGAACUAGCUUUGUUGAUACCGGUUCCUGACUUUAUUCCAAUUUAUUCGACCCAAAAAGGACUGUUUAAGAAUCCAUCUGUGGGAUACUAUAACGAAAUGUUCACAACAAUUUGUUAUGACGAGCCUAAAGGAACCCUUGGGUCGGCUUGUUCCUGGUCACAUGGUGUCAAUAGUGUGUUAAUUCUGGACAACGAGUUCAAUUUAGAUCUGCGUCGAUUGGGUGAAUUCACAAAGGUCGUCAAAGACAUAAUCAAAAAGACACCGACAGUGUUUCCGAUCAAUGGAAUUCACAUAAGAUUCUCCGGCAAAUCGGAUAUCUACAUGUCAACGUCCUACGGAAGACAAUCGGCUCAUGUUGAAUUUUUUGCGUGGAAAAGAGACGAUGAGUACAAACGGGCAAUGGGAAGCUCGGCUGGUUACCAGACUAUUUUGCAAACGUUGGCGAAAGAUUUCGGUGCCCGAUCACAUUGGGGCAAAAGUGGUCUGGUGUAUCAUAACAGGGAGAUGCUCGACAUGAAAUUGGAUGAAACGGCAAGACGAAAAUUUAUUGGUGUCAUGAGCAAAUAUGACCCAAACGAGGUUUUCAUGAACAAUUUUGGUCGUCGACUAAAACGUACCGGAACGAAGAUCGAUACGGAUCCGUUAACAAAGCAUUGUGCCAUUUUGGAUAAUUGCUUCUGUUCGAACAACUCUGACUGCGCAGCCAAUCAAAUUUGCUCUCAAUUGUCCGGAUAUUUCCACAAAGUCUGCAAAACCCGAAACGAAGUCUCUCCGGUGCGAUUUGACAAGAGCAUCCUUCCGCCACCUUUCAGAAUUUUUCCGUUCCUUGUGUCAGAAGUGCCAACUUUAGUCAAGUCUGUCUUAUCCAAUUGCUCAUUGACCGAUGCAAUCGGAACUGUUGGUUUGUUACUGCCUGGUAUAUUGCCAGUUGAAAAAGUACUUGAGACUGCAGGUACGUUGGGUAAGAAGCUCGGAGAAAUACGUUCAUUGGGCGAUGUGGUUGGAGCGGUAGGUGAAGUUGUCGAUGGUGUUCUACACAUUGGAACUGGUAAAUUAGGUAACUGAAUGGACUUCUCAACGUAGACAUACAAGACGCAAACACAACCAGAUCAUGUAGAGUUUUCUAAGCGACGGAACGUUCAUAAAGUAUACGAAAUUUCAAAUUUUUCAAGUAACUCGAACUGCAAAUAAAUUUCAUUCA